AUGUCUUCCACUGCGAAUCAAAUUAUCAAAUGCAAGGCAGCGAUUGCAUGGGAAGCUGGAAAACCUUUAUCGGUGGAAGAAAUUGAGGUCGAGCCACCAAAGGCGAAUGAAGUUCGAAUUAAAAUCCUAUUCACUGGUCUUUGUCACACAGAUGCAUACACGCUCUCUGGUGACGAUCCCGAAGGCGACUUUCCAGUCAUCCUUGGUCACGAGGGAGGCGGUAUCGUUGAAAGCGUAGGUGAAGGAGUAACCGAGGUGAAGGAGGGUGAUCAUGUUAUUCCGCUUUACACUGCAGAAUGUAGAGAAUGUCAGUGCUGCAUUUCGUACGACACGUAUCACCUUCUUUGCGGAAGCGUCAGAGAGACUCAGGGGAAGGGGGUAAUGCCAGAUGGCACGGUUCGUUUCAAAUGUGGUGGCAAGCCAAUCAAACAUUAUAUGGGCUGUAGUACAUUCAGUCAAUAUACAGUGGUUUCUAAAUUCAGUGUCGUGAAGGUUGUUGACAAAGCACCCUUGGACAAAGUAUGCUUGCUAGGCUGUGGUAUCACUACAGGUUUCGGAGCAGCGACAAAGACAGCCAAUGUCACUGAAGGAUCUACUGUUGCAGUCUUUGGUAUCGGUUGUGUGGGGCUUGCUGUUGUCCAAGGCUGUGCUGCUCGCAAAUGUAGCAAAAUUGUGGCAAUCGAUGUCAAUAAUGGCAAAAAGGAGUGGGCUAUGAAGAUGGGGGCUACUGAUUUUUUUAACCCUAAGGAAGUUGCUGCUGGAAAAGAUCUAAAGCAAGUCUUAACCACGGAAUUUAUGUGCGACUGUACUGGUAAUGUGAACGUUAUGCGAGAUGCAUUAGAAAUUUGUCAUAAAGGCUGGGGUGUCAGUACAAUCAUUGGUGUGGCGGCUGCAGGUAAAGAAAUUGCCACGAGACCAUUUCAAUUGGUCACUGGAAGGAGAUGGCAAGGUAGUGCGUUUGGUGGAGUCAAAGGCCGCACAGAGAUUCCAGGCAUUGUCGACGAUUACUUGAAAGGAGUUCUCAAUGUAGAUGAUUAUGUGACCCAUCGCUGUACCUUAGAUACCUUAAACAAAGGUUUUGAUGAUAUGAAGAAAGGAGAGUGUAUCAGAUGUGUAGCUGAUAUGUCUAAAUCAUGA